GCCCUCCCUUCGGCCUCACCCUACUGCCUGCCUUCAUCUCUGGGUUUCUUUCCAUCCUGGGGGUCUCGGUUCUUCUCCUUCUCCUCUCUCCUGGCCUCCUCCCUCCCGCAGGCGGACUGCCAGACCUUUCCAUCCUGAGCAUCCCUCCCCUGCGCCCCCAUCUCCUCCACUCCAUUUUGUCUCCAAAUCUUCCUCUCUCCACCCUUUUCUCUGCUCUCUUCUCCCUGCCCCUUUAAAUCAGCCAAGCCCUGCCUCCCCCGUGAUGCUGGGUUGGAGCAAACAUUGAUUUGUGCUGGGAUGGAAUCAGAAUUUUGAUUUUUCUCCUCCUCUUCCAACCAUAAGAAAAAAAAUAAAAUAAAAUAAGACACCCCCUCUUGAGAGCACCCCCUUCCCACCCAGCUCCUAGCUCCUCUUCUCUCUCCAUCCAAGGCAGAUAUUUUUCCCCUACACUAUUCUCAUUUCCCCGCCCCCCCACCUCCUGCUCUUCUGCUGGGGAGAAGGAUUUCUUCUGCGGCUCCCCGCUCCUGCUCCCCCACCUUCGUUGGCUCCCCGGCUCGGAGCCCUCUCUCCGGAAGGGGAGGAGGCUGUGCGCGCCUGGGCGAGGUGGGAGUGCUGGUAGCCCGCCAUGGAUGCGGUGCCCCGGAGGCUGCCUGAACCCCAACCCACAUGCCGCUCAGGAUGAGGGUCCGGCCCUGCCAGCCCGCGCUGGGGCCCCCCCGCCCGGCCGCGGUCUAACUGCCGCCGCCGCCGCCGCCCCCAGGCCUCGCCCGGCUCGCAGGCCCCCAAGCCGGCUCUCCUCUCCCGCCCCGGGAUGCGCUGAGCCGCCGGGGGGGCUGAGGCCGCGCCAACUACAUGCAUGUCCCCCGGGGGCAAGUUCGACUUUGACGACGGGGGCUGCUACGUGGGGGGCUGGGAGGCGGGGCGGGCACAUGGCUACGGCGUGUGCACCGGGCCCGGCGCCCAGGGCGAGUACAGCGGCUGCUGGGCGCACGGCUUCGAGUCGCUGGGCGUCUUCUCGGGGCCCGGCGGACACAGCUACCAGGGCCACUGGCAGCAGGGCAAGCGCGAAGGGCUGGGCGUGGAGCGCAAGAGCCGCUGGACCUACCGCGGCGAGUGGCUGGGCGGGCUGAAGGGGCGCAGCGGCGUGUGGGAGAGCGUGUCCGGCCUGCGCUACGCCGGGCUCUGGAAGGACGGCUUCCAGGACGGCUACGGCACCGAGACCUACUCGGACGGAGGCACCUACCAGGGCCAGUGGCAGUCCGGGAAGCGCCACGGCUACGGGGUGCGCCAGAGCGUGCCCUACCACCAAGCCGCGCUGCUGCGCUCGCCCCGCCGCACCUCCCUGGACUCCGGCCACAGUGACCCCCCGACGCCGCCGCCGCCGCCGCCGCUGCCGGGCGAAGAGGGAGGCAGCCCGGCCUCCGGCUCCCGGGGCGGCUUCGUGCUGGCCGGCCCGGGAGACGCAGACGGCGCGGCCGCCCGCAAGCGGACCCCGGCCUCGGGGGGCUUCUUCCGACGCUCGCUGCUGCUCAGCGGGCUCCGAGCCGGCGGGCGCCGAAGCUCCCUGGGCAGCAAGCGGGGCUCCCUGCGCAGCGAGGUGAGCAGCGACGUGGGCAGCACCGGCCCCCCGGGCUCCGAAGCCAGCGGGCCCCCGGCGCCCGCGCCGCCCGCGCUCAUCGAGGGCUCGGCCACCGAGGUGUACGCGGGCGAAUGGCGCGCCGACCGGCGCAGCGGCUACGGGGUCAGCCAGCGCUCCAACGGGCUGCGCUACGAGGGCGAGUGGCUGGGCAACCGGCGCCACGGCUACGGGCGCACCACCCGGCCCGACGGCUCGCGCGAGGAGGGCAAGUACAAGCGCAACCGCCUGGUGCACGGCGGCCGCGUGCGCAGCCUCCUGCCGCUGGCCCUCCGCAGGGGCAAAGUCAAGGAGAAGGUGGACCGGGCCGUGGAGGGGGCCCGGCGCGCCGUGAGCGCGGCCCGCCAGCGCCAAGAGAUCGCCGCUGCCAGGGCAGCUGACGCCCUUCUCAAGGCCGUGGCAGCGAGCAGCGUGGCGGAGAAGGCUGUGGAGGCAGCUCGGAUGGCGAAGCUGAUAGCACAGGACCUGCAGCCCAUGCUAGAGGUCCCAGGCCGCAGACCCAGGCAAGACUCAGAAGGUUCCGACACUGAGCCCUUGGAUGAGGACAGCCUCGGGGUGUACGAGAAUGGACUGACCCCCUCAGAGCGCUCCCCUGAACUGCCCAGCAGUCCCAUCUCCAUCCGCCAGACCUGGCGACCCCCUGCCUGCCGGAGCCCACUGCCUCCUCUACGGGACCACCGGGGUCCCUUCUCCAGCCCCAAAUCUUGGCCUGAGGAGUGGGGGGGCCUCAGGGAGCAGGCAGAGGAACUCACUGGCUAUGAGGCUGAGGAUGAAGCAGGCCUGCAGGGGCUCAGGGACGGCUCCCCACUCCUGGGAGGCUGCAGUGACAGUUCUGGAAGUCUCCGUGAAGAAGAGGGAGAAGAUGAAGAGCCCCUCCCCAUGUUAAGAGCCCCUGGGAGCUUGGAGCCAGACCGCCUAACCACAGCAGUGCUGCGGGGCCAGCCUGCAAGGGGCCCUGACCCUGGGUGCCUGAUGGAAGAGAACGAGGAGCCAGUUGCUACCGAGAGGCCUGCCCAGCCGGGUGCUGCCAAUCCCCUGGUGGUGGGCGCCGUGGCCCUCCUGGACCUCAGCCUGGCAUUCCUGUUCUCCCAGCUCCUCACCUGAGGUUGCUUCUUGGCCUAGUUCUGGCUUAGAUCGCUGCCUCUGGGCUCCUUUGGCCUGCCUUUUCUCGUUUUCCCUCCUGGUCGUUCUUUCUCUUUUCUUUCUCUUCUCCCUCUCCUUUCUUUUCUGCCCUUUGUUUUCUCGUCUCUUGCUUUUUAUUCCCUCUCUCCAUUCAGACCUCAUUUAUUCUAGACCUGUCUCUGUCCUCUUCCUCCCUGCCUUCUCUCUCUCUCUCUAGAUUGUUUACAUAUGAAGGGCUUUUCUUGCUCAGAGUUGCUCUCUUCUCUGAGACACACAAAUCUAAGUCAGACCAUUGCCCCUUGCCCUCCCUGCCUUUUCUUUAGACCUGAAUUUCAAUGAGGGUGGGGUUUGUUGUCCUGAGGAGUCUCCUAGAAGCUGAGUGGAAAGGAGGAAGGCAGUGGAGUAGGAGUGACUGGAUACUGGGCAAGAUACUGGCAGAGCUGCUGUGGCUGCCAACCUAGGAGGCCAGUGACCCUCUCGGGCCUACUGGGAUAACCCACGAAGAUGCAGCCUCCAUCUCUGGCCUGGGAGGAGCCUCCGAGCCUAACCUAGGUUCUUGUCUAACCUGACCCUAUAUGUGAAGAGGAUAAAGGAAUGGAGAGGAAGAGGCUCCCUGGCAUCUUUCUCCUUCUUAGCCACAGUCCUUCGUCCAACCCCUAGGUGGUAUGUCACGUCAAGGAUGAUAUAUAAAGGAGAGGAACUGUCCAAGGCAGCCAAGUCCGUCCCCCUCCUCCCUUCCCCUUAAUGUUUAUUUGAUUGGUCUGGACUCACUUGUGGCCUUUGACUCUCAAUUUCUAAGGGGCCUGAAGUAGUAUUAACUUUCUCCCGCAGAAGGUGAGACACUCAAGCAAGGGCCUUGGUGCCCUGGCAACUGUGGGGCGGGGGGAUACCAUACUGGGGAGUGGAACAAGAAGAGGAAGUCACAGAGCACAGAGUGCCAAGGGGCUUAGUAGGCAGUGGGUUGCUUCCCUUGGCCUGAAGCUUGUGGAAUGGAAACAUAAGAGAAGGAAGGGGUCACAGGAAGCCAGUCUCCCCAUGUUCCAGGAAGGGCAGAACUGGGAGCCAGGCUGGGGUGAGAGCUGGUGAGGAACCCUGUGGAUUCUGUGGCUGACCCUGGUACUAACUUCUCCCCUGGGGACGGAAGCCCUAGAAAGAGGGGCUUGUGGGAUUCCUGGGGGAUCCUUCCUCCCUCUCCUGCAUGAGGCAGAGGCAAGCUGCCUGCCCCCUACUCCCUCAAGGAAUGGCUUGCCUGGGAAUGCCCACCACACACCCUCUUCUUUUUUUUCUAGUCAAACUCUGUUUACUCCUUGGCCUGCCUCCUCCUUCCUCCCCCCCUCUCAAUCUUUACUUCUGAUUUCUAUUUCAAUGGAAUUUGGGAUUGAAGUUCAACUACAACAGUGCCGCCAACACCAAGUCUUGCAGGAAAAAAAAAGGAAAAAAACAAAAAAACAAAAAAACAAAAAACAAAAAAAAAAUAAUUUAACAAAAAAUAUAUUAAUAAAAAAGUUCAAAAAAGGG